AUGGCCGACGGCGGCUAUGAGCAAUUUCAACCACCAAUACCGAUAUUUCCGCCACAAUCGCCGCCGACAACUUUCAGAUCAGACAUGGCCGACGGCUUUCAACCACCACCACCAAUAUUUCCGCCACAAUUUCAACAACCAACACAGAUAUUUCCGCCACAAUUUCAACCACCGAUUUUUCAACCUCGCCACCUUCAACAUUCUCCUCGAUUUCUACCACCACCGAAUUUUCAACCUCGCCACCUUCAACAUCCUCGAUUUCUACCACCACCGAUUUUUCAACCUCGCGACCGUCAUCCUCCUCCUCGAUUUCAACCUCCUGCGCGAUUUGAUAACCCUAAUCAAAGCGACCUUCAUCCUCCUCCUCGAUUUCAACCUCCUGCGCGAUUUGAUAACCCUAAUCAAAGGGCUUUUACAACAAUGCAGCAAGUAACUACUGAAACAAGUUCUGGAACAAAGGAAAAUACAUCUGAAACAAGUUCUGCAACAACAGGAGAAACAACCUCAGCUUAUUUUUCAGCAUGGAAGCAAGAUUCUGCUGAAGUCAGAGGAAAACGUAAGCAUGAAGAUGAACCCCAAGUCACCAAAGAAACUGGACCCGUCCAAAUAGAAGCGGUCAAAAUUGAAGAAAGUGGCUGA